UUAAAGUCGACUCUUUUUUGCAGUUAAUAUUUUCUUUCUUGUGUAAAUUUUCACUGUAUUUGCGAUGUUACUGGUUGUUUACAGAGACUUCCGAGCUUCCGUUUAAACAUUACGGCACAGCACCACUUUUCUGGUAUAAAUGUAGCUGACGAUUACAUCAAGAUCUACUUUAGUUUUUGCAAGCCAUACAAGUGCAUUACAUUUGAGUUAAAUAGGCGUAAUAAUCGUGAAGAAAAAGAAAGUUUUGAAAUUAUUUUUAUAUAAAGAAAAAUUAAAAAAAAAAAUAAAUAAAAUGUUUAAAAAAGUGAUAACAAUAUUAAUAUUCCUAUUUGUGGACAUAAUAAAUGGAUUACCACCGGGUUUAAAACCUACUGAAGACAGAAAAUCUAAUAAUGAGGAGCCCUUAAUACAGCCUGAAGUUAUAACAAUUGAGCGUUUGGAAGCGCUUUUGAGAAAAGCCAGCGAAAUAUUUAAACCCUCUAAUCUACAACAACGUUCUGAUGCUCCAACUGCCGAGAUCCAGCAAGUUGCCGUACCCAUACAAUUUAUGCAGCCUCCAGCAAAUCAACCCUUCAACUUUUAUUUACCUCUGUUCGAUUAUGAUGAAAGCGAUGCCCAGCAUACAAAACUUGAUGAGAAGAGCCGUAAAAUGGAACAUUUCACGCCACCACCUCUACCCAAAGAGGGCCAAAGCCAAGAAAACUUUUACGAUGUUAAACCCAAAAAAAACUUACCAAAAAAGUUUAAUGCUGGUGCUAAGCACAUCAAUAUUAAGUGGCUGAAUGCUUAUGAAAAACAAUUGACCUCUCCCAGCAACAAACAAUCGGUUAAUGUCCCAAAAGAUGUCUACCUAUUAAACGAUGAACGUAAUCGUAUUAAUUUUGAUGACACUUUCUUUGCUGUUGACAUGAAAGUGCCAGAUCGAACGAAUAAAUUGGACAGAUCACCAACCGAUGUUGAAAACCAAAAUGAUGACUAUAUCAGUCAAGGAGAGGAGGAUUUAAUAGCAGCUGCUGCGCUACAAAUACCAUUAAUAACACAAUUUACAAACUUAAGGAGAUAUUAAAUUAGAAUAAUAGUAUGUAUUUCAAACUGAAUUUAAUAAGUCAACAAUAACUUAUGUAUAUAAUAAAUAAAUUAAAAUGUACAAUUUAAAGUCCAAAUAAAAAAAAAAAUACACACAAAUAUCUUUACAUAUUUAUAAAUACAUAGAUUAAUAGGAAAAAAAUAA